CGCUCGGCGAUAGACCGGCACUGUGACACUUUGUGAUUUCUUUAUGAGGGGUACGUUUGCACCCAUUUCCACCCUCAUCCCAUGGAGCCGAUGGAGGACUUAAACUUUCCAGCCUAUUUCGUUGUGACAAGGAGAGACUUAUGCCUGACGGGGUGGGAUUUUUAUUGAAGUCUAAAUGGUCACAUCGGAUGUUACUUCUGGGGCAGUGGGAUGGUGUUCUUUGCCGAGUUUGAGUGGCGGAGGCAACGUGAAAUACCAACCCAAACCACGGCAAGAGAAGACUGUUAGAAGAACUCAAGACCCUCUUGUCGCCUUACCACAACCGAAAGGAAGACGGGAGAAAACAUUACAAGACGACUCACGCUAUGUGACGAGAAGUGUCCCUGUGCAUUCAGCGAGACACAAGCAAAAUGAAGAUCGUGGAAGCAACUCAGCCCCGAUGCCAAAUGGUCAUCAUCGAAGCAACCAUGACAGAAAACCAGGAACUCGUCUCCCAAAACUUCCAAAGAUCAAUAAUCUACUCAAAGAACCCAUGCAACAGCAGGUACAUGGAACAUCAACAGCAACUGAAACAGGACGGAAGGAAAAAGGCGGGAAACGGUGGGCAUCUUCCUGGGCUGGUGCCAGGGCAACAAACCCCACAACAAGGGAUGAAAUAAGAGUCCCAACAUCUGACAACUCUAGCCAACCAGCCAGCAAUAUUGCCUCUCCAGUUAAGACUCCAUCCGCAAGACAAAGCAACCAGCAGAUGCAGGACACACCAAAAACCUCCCCAUCAACAAAGUCAUCAACUCCUGGAACUGGUAGUAUUUCGCCUGUUAAGCCUUCUAAAGAACCAGACCCCAAAUCACAUACGCAGCAUGACAAAGGAAGUCGGAGAACUGAGGCUCAAGAGCAAAAAUCUAAAAGCAGUUUUGAAUUAAACGCUACAAAUAAACCUGUUAAAGAAACUGCACUUAAAGAAGGCAUGAGAACUACGUCCGUGUCGAAGAUUGACACUAAAGUGAAACAAAGAGUGCCAUUACGAAGUAAAUCUAGUGCCGUUCUUACCAGUCGUUCAGACGUGACGAGACAAAACUCAGAAGCUUCGGCAUCACCUUUGAACAAAACUCCGAACAUCAGAGUGCAGACUGAUUCUCGAGAUAGCCAGAGCACCAGUACAACUCAACAAAGUCGUGUGAAGCCUGGAAAGCCUGCCAAGAAGAAACGAAUCCGAAGGCCUGUUAUUAUCACAAGGAAGAGUGUCAUCAAGCAGAAAUCCUUGCAAUCGGUCUACGGGAAUAAGACGGUUAAGUAUCAGAGACAGAUACGAGUGCUGAAGAAGAUGGAACAAGUACAGAGGAAAGAGAUUGAGGAGUUUAAUCAGGAGUUGAAAGACAAACAGAACCAACGAAUGGCGAGUGUCGUCAGGCAGAGAAUGGCUCUGAAACGAGCUAGAGACCGAUUUGACGAGGAGCAAGUUCGCCGUUUCCGGAACCAAUACGUCUCCUGGCGAAGCGUUGAAGAGAAACGUCUCAACACGAGCAGCGAGAUUUACGGUCUCCCUGACUUCAUCUACGAGGACCGCUACGAGAAGACUCUCAAAAAGAUCCCGGAGUCCGAGGAAGCCACCUCCUCCAAGAAAACGCCGAAGAAGUUCCAGAAGUACGCGACAUGGGUCCGCAACUUGAAGGUUUUUGAGAGCAUGCUGAAUCCGAAGGUUAGAGGCAACGUGGAAGGGUUGUUCCAGGCGAAGAAGGUGAAGACGAUCGUGGAAGGAAUAGAUACAGUCAAGUUGGACGACAAUGGAGGGUCUGCUCGUAAAAAGAAAGUCAAUGUAAAACGUCUCAUCGGAUCUGCCAAGAAACUUCUGGCAGUCGCUGAAAACAAUAUGGAUGAUAUAUCUGAAGUGUCUUCCUAUGUCUCAAGUGAUGAUGAUGAUUCAUCCCUCGACCUGAGUGACGACGAUGACUCAUGAGUAAAUUCCAGGGAGGAUGGAGGGAUGUUAUUGCUCCAAACUUCAGUGUUCAACCGAAGAUUUAUAAUUCCAACCACAGACAUGUGAUUCCAACUGACUCACUGUUAAUGUUUAUGUAUACUGCCCUCUAGUGGCGACCUUCAUCCAAUAAAAUUGGGCCAAGUAAAAUUCAAAGUUGGUUUACUGGGCCCAACUUCAUAGAGCAGCUAAGCACAACAUGCUACGCAUAAUUAUGUGUAAUACUAGAAUAAGGUUACCAGCCAAAAUACUGUGUCACGUGUACAAUGUAUGACUGGUAUCCUGUUCUUUAGUGCUUAGCAGAACAUUUAUUUUAAGCAGCUUUGUAAGAUGAAAUUGGGCCAUGGGCCGUAUUUCAAAGUCUGAGGCAAACAAACGUGCUAAGCACAACAUAUCUUGCUCAGCAAAAAAUAAGUUACCAGCCGGGACACUAUGCGCUUAUAGCGCUUACCAUUGCUGUGACUGGUACCCCAUUGUUUUGUUUUUUGCUUAGCAAAGAAUUUGCUCAGCAGAAUUGUCUGCUUAUUAAAACUUGGCCUUGGUCUUGCAAUAUUAUUACCAAAAAUAUAGAAAUCUAGACUGUCCUCUUUUUGGUAAUCUGAGAAUCAGUGGUUAGUGAUAGAAUUAUUAGUUUUCGAGAAAAAAAGUGAUUUUCCACGAAUUUGAUUAUGAGACCUGAGAUAUAUAGAAUUUGAUGUCU